CUCAUUUCUAAACGCCACAUACCUUUCUUUCUCAACCAGUAGUAUUGUUUGAUUAGUUGUCAAUUACAUAUCUUGAUCACACUUGGAGGGCUUACUAAUGUAUCUUUAUGUUUUGAUCUCUCUAUUUCUGUGUCAAACACCCCAAUCUUCUUAUUGUUUGUUGCCCCAACUAACAGGGAUGGUAGGAUUAUCAAAAAUCCCUUUUGUCACUCUUCUGUUAAUCUUUCUUGGAACCCAAGUAAACUCAGACGCCUAUGGUCAUCGCUACAGUAUUGGAGAUGUUGUCCCCAUCUAUGCCAACAAAGUCGGCCCGUACUCCAAUCGUUGGGAAAAAUAUAACUAUUAUGAUUUUCCCUUUUGUUCUCCAGAUUCUGUACACGAGAAGGAUAAUAUAGGCAGGAUGUUGACUGGAGAGAGCCUUGUUUCAACUCCAUUCAUGAUCGGAUUCCGCGUAAAUAAAGAGCAUGAGUUAUCAUGCAAGAAAAGACUGAAUAAAUCAGACGUUUCUCUGUUUAGAAGUAUGAUAAAGAAGGGUUACCAAAUGCAAUUGUAUUAUGACGACUUACCGAUAUGGGGUCUCAUUGGAAGUGUUGAAAGGAAUUAUACAGAUGAAAAUAAGAACAAAUAUUUCCUUUACAAGCAUUUUAAGUUUGGGAUUUCAUAUAACAAAGACCGUGUUUUCGGGGUUGGUCUUAAAGAGGAUCCAAGUUCAAUGGUAGAUGUAACAAAUGACAUGGAAACCGAUGUGGAUUUCACAUACUCCAUUUAUUGGGGAGAGACAAAAGGUAAAUUUGAAGAGAGAUUGAAUGAUUAUUCACCUUCUUCCAUUUUACCACUUCACAUAAACGCGCAUAUUCACUCGAUUGCAACUUCAUGCUUUACAAUCUUCAUUGUGAUCAUUUGUCUAGUCAUCGUCAUUUACACACGAUUUCUUCACAAAGAUAUUUCCAGAUAUACAUGCGACGUUGAAGAGGCCGAAGUUAUCAAUAAUCAAGAACAAAAGGGAUGGAAGAACAUACAUGGUGAUGUGUUCAGAUUCCCGGAACACAAAUCUUUACUUUCUGCAGCUCUCGGUUCUGGCACUCAGCUACUUGCACUCAUUGUAAUCAUUCUUGUUUUGGGUGUCAUGGGUGUCUUUCAGCCUUUUGUUCAAGUAGUAUUCUUGAAAGCACUUGUCAUUAUAUACGCAGUUACAUCUGUGGUAUCCGGGUAUACAACAGCAUCAUUCUAUCAUCAACUAAAAGGAACAACAUGGAUAAAGAACGUGUUGUUGACUGGAGGACUAUAUUUUGUGCCGGUCUUUCUUACAUUUAGUGUCAAUGCUAUCUUUGCUGUUUACAAUGGACAAACCGACACAUUUCCAUUGAAUUCAAUAAUCACAUUGUUUAUCGUGUGGAUUUUUCUAGCAACCCCGUUACUUAUUUUAGGAGGGAUUAUGGGGAAAAACCGUGCAUCUGAUUUCCAAGCUCCUUGCAGAACCGCUAAAGGUCCUAAAAAAGCUCUUAAACUGGUUUGGUACAAGGGUAUCAUCCCUCAGAUGGUUCUGGCUGGAUUUUUGCCAUUUAGUGUCAUCAAAAUUCAGAUUUAUGACAAUCUUUCGGCUGUUUGGGGACAUGGGAUUUACACAUUUUACAAUUCUAUGGCCAUAAUGUUUGUUCUUCUUUUGAUCAUGACCUCUUUAGUUUCUGUGAUGCUGACAAGUUUCCAGCUUGCUGUUGAAGAUCAUGAAUGGUGGUGGAGGUCGUUUUUCAAUGGUGGAUCUACGGGAUUGUAUGUGUAUGGUUACGGUAUCUAUUACUAUUUUUAUUACUAUUUUUUGUCGGAUAUGAAUAGGGAUAUGAAUAGUUUUGUGCCAAGUUUUUGUUUUUUCGGUUACAUGAGUUGCCUCGCGUAUGGAAUGUUUCUUGCACUUGGAACUGUGGGCUUCUGUGCGUCGUUGCUCUUUGUACGCCAUAUAUACACAUCUGUUAAGUGUGACUAGCAUCUACACUUGAAAAAGACUUGAGUUAUUACCCACUGAGUUGUAGUUGUGAGUUCAAGUUGUAACCAUUAUCAAUAAAAAUCAUAUAUCUUUGUUCAUGGUGUUAAAUUUAUGAACUUAUAAUAAGGAUAAUUGUUACGUAUCUUA